CGUUUUCAAACCUUCUCAAGUCUCAAGCCUCCCCACUGUCGCUUUAUUCCCUUUCUUUUUAUAUAUAUAUAUUAUUUUUCUUUUUCAAUCUUAGUUCAAACUAUGGCUUUGGAUUCUUCUCUCAAGUUUUGAACUUGGAACCAUUGGAUGAUGAGAUCAAUCUGACUUCUAAGUGAAGGGGCAUCUACAAUCUUUAAUUCUUACCAUUGGAGCAUAUCUGCAAUAGUCAAAUCCUGAAACUGGCACAUAAUUAAGGAUAAAGCUGAUUAGAUCUCCCUCAUUGUGGCUACAACAAGAUGAUUUCUCAGAAGCCUGAAACCACCAAUGGCAACGGAUAUGCUAUCAAGGUUGGAGCAACUGGCACAAUUGGGUCCUUAAUGUCCCGAGAAUUGGAAUCCAUGAAAGAAGGAUCACAAGCAUCCUCCUCCACCCAAAAGAAACCUCAAUCACCCCCAGUUUCAGUGCCCUGUGGUUCUACUCCUAGAAAAACACAACUAAGGAGGAAUUCAACUAGUGAUUCCUCCGGCAGCAGCAGCAGCACUAGCAGCAGUAACAGUAACACCGGACUCAACAAAAUCCCCACAAAUGCCCAAAAACCAAAACAAAAUCCCUGGAAAAAUGGCCAUAGAAUGCCUAUGCUAGGUGCAGAUGACGUCAACGCAGACAGAAUGAACAACAGAGACCAAAAAAAGCCAAAUUCUUACAUUGUGGAAGUGGUGGACCUGAAAUGCAGCAAUCCUAUGAGCAGCAGGCUCAAGAAGCUCGGCUUCUCAAAGCUCUCCGAGUCCACUGCCUAGAUUUGAGGCAGCUUAUUGCCGUCCGACCUCAUUCUAUUAUUAUUGCUGAUUCCUACAAUUCUUUCCACUCGGACGGCAGAAUUGUUGAUGUCAACUGCUGAACAAAUGCUUGGCAAAAAUGCUUUGCUAACUGAUGCUUUCUUUUUCUUGCUCUUUGUUGCAAUGGAACUCCCGCAUGUGGAGGCGCCUUCUUCGAUCACUGUCUUUUGCUUAUGUGAUCCUUCCUGAUGAUUUAUGCCAUGCUUCUGCUUCUGGAAGUAUUCGAUCUCUUUCGAAACCAGAAAUGCAAUAGUUCCGCGUGCGCCAAUCUCCACUGGAGAUGAUGUUGCUGCCAUUGUUAGAGUGUGAAGUUGCUAAGAAGUCUG